AUGGGUCGGACAGAAGCCCGAAAAUCAUGUGUGCGGACAACUCCCUACACUAUGUUUAUCUCUAGUGAUAAAUCCUAUCAACAUAAUGAUUCAAAACCAACUACUGUAUUUAAUCGUGUACUUUUGUUAAGAACUUCAUCACUCAUCAAAGUUUCGUCAGACGUUGCAUGCGAAAAUAUAGUUAUAGCAGUUGAUGAAUAUGAAUUGCCAGAAAAUAUUGAAGGUGAUUUCGAUACAGCAUUAAGUACAGUAGUAGAAAAAGUAGAUGGACUACUAAGAAAAUCGAACCAACAGGAAGAUAAUAAAAAUUCUUUGAAUUUCAAUGACUUUAUGAGCAUUAUUAAUUCAGAAUUAUCGUUGAUCAAGAAAUUUGAUGAGAAUUUUGCUGCAGAAAUUAGAACUAUACCAUCAGAAAUUUUUAAUUAUUACGAAAAAUAUAGUGAAACAAUUAAAAAUCAACUGGAAAAUUGGAAGAAGGUUAAUUUUGACCAAAUGAUUGCUUCAGCAUCCUCGCUAAUGAUUAAUAUGAAUACCAUGAUUAUUGAUGCAAGACAACUUCUACACGAACAACAGUCAACUAGUGAGAAUGAAACAAACUCAUUAGUUUAUAAAAUCAAUAAAGAUUUAUUUGAAGGGAUUAAAGAUUAUGCUGAUUAUGAUAAAGUUGCUGAAAAGUUUGACAAAUUCUAUAAAGACCUAAGUAAAUUUAAAACCAACAAAAUUGCUGAAGAGUUUAAAGAAUUUCAUGGAAACCUUAAAGGAUUAUUUACUGAAAUUGAUAAGAUCAAAAAAGACUUGACUGAAAAUUCCGAAAAGAUGAAGGGUAAUUUUGUGUUCAAUAAAUGGGAUGUUAAAAAGAACAUUCAAGAAAGAUUUCGUAAACUUAUUAGAUUGAAAUUAGUAUACGAUUUAGCUACUAAAUUAGAAUACAUGUCAAAUAGAUUAAAGCUUUUGGAGCCAACAUUUAUUCAAAAAAUAUCAGCUUUCUGGGAAAAUAUUACUUACGAAUUGGAAGUAAAUAAAGAAUUGGUAAAAACUUUUAAAGAAAACGAAUUAUCCAUAAAAAAAUGUUGUGUCAAUUGUAUUAUAGAAAAUUUGUCAAAAAUUCAUGAUCUGGUUGAUAAUUUUUGUAAAGAUAUUAUCUGUAAAAAAUGGGAUCAUUUUGAAGAGAAUGAAAUGGAAGACAAAGGUGACAGCAAUAUCUAA